AUGCCCUUCUGGUGGCUAGCUGCUGCUGCGCUUCCAGAAGCCGGCCAGCGCCACGCCGCCGUGGUGGAUGCCGUGAACGAGCUGCCACACCGCGGGAGCAACGGGUGCCGGAUACGGCGUCGUCCAAACGGCAGGGGUACGGGGUGGCAGGAUCAUCACACCAAGGCCAGCAAGCUUCUGCUGCAUGGGAGAGCUGGCGAGCUGCGAAACGCCAUCGCCGUCUGCCGCCCACGCUGCUGCCGUUUCACCUGCUGCGGCGGCCUCAUGAUUAUUUUUCCUUUGCACACCCUUCGAAACACACUGCGCCGUGGCAAAUUGACCUGCACGCCCUCGCCCCAGCGCUGCGUCGCGCCGGCCUGUGACACCCUCAUCUCGCUUGCCGGGGUCUGCGAAGCGCGGAAGAAGAACGGCAGAAGCUGGAAGCGCGGCCUAGCAGAUGCGAACUUCGUGUUUGCGCAACCCUCUCCGCGGUGUGUGACCAACUUGGAAGUCUGCCGCCCUCUGCCGUCGUGUCGUCACCAUCUCGCGAUGCCCUCCGUUUCCACGGCUGGGAAACAGGGCAACCGCUUCCCUCCGCGGCGGGAGUGA